AUGAUAUUUUUCAACUAUUUGGCAGUGGUUUUAAUACUGUUGCUUAAGCUUGCAAACUCCACUGUUAUUACUCUGAAUACUGUUACCACAGGUAGUACAACCAAUUCGAGUCCGAAUUAUAGUGGUGAUGUUACUAUUGACUCAGGAGCAUACUGGUCACAAUUUAAUUAUCUUACAAAUACCCUCCCGGGAUCAUUAGAUGUCGAAAGCAAUGCAGGAUUUUAUGUCACUGGAACGGCGGGAGCAACAUCUGGAGUAUCAUUCAGUCUUGCAAGUGGUAAUCUUAUAAAUAAUGCUGGUACCAUCGCUUUCAAUGGGUUAGCAAAUACCGGAAUUAACUCAUUCAUAAUUUCAGCCACUACAUUCGAUAAUUCAGGUCAAAUAUUUAUGGGAGGUAAUACAGCAACUUCCAAUAAUUUUCAAAUUAAUGCUGCUAGUUGGACCAAUUCUGGUUUGUUGGUAUUUCAACAAAAUGUUACUCCAAAUGUUGAAACUUUACAACUUGAAGCUACCGAUGGUUAUUUGACAAAUACUGGUAAUAUUUGUAUGUAUUAUACCACUUUCCCUGUUCUUGAUACCAUGAUUGGUCCCGGUUGUAUAACAUUGAAUAAUAAUUCAUAUCUUGUUGAUGUUUCUUCAACAACUCCUCUUAUUAAUCAAACUAUUUACAUGGUCGAUAAGACAUCUAGUGUUAGAAUUGCUCCAGCUAGUAGCUCGGAUCCAAACCCCCCUAUUCCAGUUGCUGGAUUUGGUAAUGGUAAUUCCCUUGGUUUAACUACCAGUUUAACUCAAUCACUGCCAAGUGGAACUUACUAUACUUAUAUUGGGGAUACUCUCACAUUAUAUUCAGGUGGUGAUUCUCAAGCGUUCGUUAUUGGUUAUGGUUACAAUGCUUCAGAUUUCGAAGUAACGAGUGCACAAAUAUCUGGGGUUGUUACUGAUGUUGUAGCUGGUGCAGUUAUUUACAAUGGUCCUGUUCCUGAUGAGUCCACCACUCAUAGCGAGUGUAUACAAUGUGAAAUGGUUCCAGCUGCGCCUACCACCGCUGUUUCAACCACUACCAUUACCACUGUUUGGACAGGUUCCUUCACAUCUACAACAACACUUCCAGAUACAGGAACUGAAGAAACAGUCCUCGUAGAGACACCAGAAGCAACUACUACUAUCACUACCAGCUGGACAGGUACCGAUACAACUACUAUCACUGAGUCUGGAACUGACACUAUUACUGUGCUAGUCGAAACCCCAGUUUAUACUACUACCACUACCACCGACACAUGGACAGGAUCAUACACAACAACUAUAACUGAACCUGGUAACGGAUUAACUGAAACUGUUCUUGUUGAAACACCAAUUGAACCAACCACCACCAUAACUACCAGUUGGACAGGUACCAAUACCACUACUAUUACUGAAUCAGGAACCGAUACCGUCACCGUAAUUGUCGAAACCCCAGUUUAUACUACCACCACCACCACCGAAAGUUGGACAGGAUCAUACACAACAACAAUAACUGAAUCUGGUAACGGAUUAACUGAAACAGUAGUUGUUGAAACUCCAAUUGAACCAACCACUACUAUCACUACUAGUUGGACCGGUUCUGGUACUACUACUAUUACUGAAAGUGGAUCAGAUACUGUCACAGUUGUUAUUGAAACUCCAAUUGAACCAACCACUACUAUCACUACUAGUUGGACUGGAUCUGGUACUACUACUAUUACUGAAUCAGGUAGCGAUACUGUCACAGUUGUUAUUGAAACUCCAAUUGAACCAACCACUACUAUUACUACUAGUUGGACUGGAUCUGGUACCACUACUAUUACUGAAUCAGGUAGCGAUAUUGUCACAGUUGUUAUUGAAACUCCAAUUGAACCAACCACCACAAUCACCACUAGUUGGACUGGAUCUGGUACUACUACUAUUACUGAAAGUGGAUCAGAUACUGUCACAGUUGUUAUUGAAACUCCAAUUGAACCAACCACUACUAUCACUACUAGUUGGACUGGAUCUGGUACUACUACUAUUACUGAAAGUGGAUCAGAUACUGUCACAGUUGUUAUUGAAACUCCAAUUGAACCAACCACUACUAUUACUACUAGUUGGACUGGAUCUGGUACCACUACUAUUACUGAAUCAGGUAGCGAUACUGUCACAGUUGUUAUUGAAACUCCAAUUGAACCAACCACCACUAUUACUACUAGUUGGACUGGAUCUGGUACCACUACUAUUACUGAAUCAGGUAGCGAUACUGUCACAGUUGUUAUUGAAACUCCAAUUGAACCAACCACCACAAUCACCACUAGUUGGACUGGAUCUGGUACUACUACUAUUACUGAAUCAGGUAGCGAUACUGUCACAGUUGUUAUUGAAACUCCAAUUGAACCAACCACCACUAUUACUACUAGUUGGACCGGUUCUGGUACUACUACUAUUACUGAAAGUGGAUCAGAUACUGUCACAGUUGUUAUUGAAACUCCAAUUGAACCAACCACUACUAUCACUACUAGUUGGACCGGUUCUGGUACUACUACUAUUACUGAAUCAGGUAGCGAUACUGUCACAGUUGUUAUUGAAACUCCAAUUGAACCAACCACCACUAUUACUACUAGUUGGACCGGUUCUGGUACUACUACUAUUACUGAAAGUGGAUCAGAUACUGUCACAGUUGUUAUUGAAACUCCAAUUGAACCAACCACCACAAUCACCACUAGUUGGACUGGAUCUGGUACUACUACUAUUACUGAAUCAGGUAGCGAUACUGUCACAGUUGUUAUUGAAACUCCAAUUGAACCAACCACUACUAUUACUACUAGUUGGACUGGAUCUGGUACCACUACUAUUACUGAAUCAGGUAGCGAUACUGUCACAGUUGUUAUUGAAACUCCAAUUGAACCAACCACCACAAUCACCACUAGUUGGACUGGAUCUGGUACUACUACUAUUACUGAAAGUGGAUCAGAUACUGUCACAGUUGUUAUUGAAACUCCAAUUGAACCAACCACUACUAUUACUACUAGUUGGACUGGAUCUGGUACCACUACUAUUACUGAAUCAGGUAGCGAUAUUGUCACAGUUGUUAUUGAAACUCCAAUUGAACCAACCACUACUAUCACUACUAGUUGGACUGGAUCUGGUACUACUACUAUUACUGAAUCAGGUAGCGAUACUGUCACAGUUGUUAUUGAAACUCCAAUUGAACCAAGUUCGUUUAGUACUAGUUUGGAAGCUACAUCGUAUGUUGAACCUCCAACUACUACAAUUACCACCAGUUGGACUGGAUCUGAUACUACAACGAUUACUGAAAGUGGAAGUGAUGGAGUUACUGUUGUUGUUGAAACACCAGUUGAACCAACCACUACUAUUACCACUGUUUGGACUGGUUCAUACACUACGACUAUUACUGAAAGUGGUACUAAUGUUAUUACAGUUGUUGUUGAAACGCCACCAAGUGAGCCAACAACUAGUAUAACCACAUCAUGGACUGGAUCAUUCACUACUACUAUUACUGAAAGUGGAAGUGAUGUAGUGACUGUUGUUAUCGAAACACCAGUUGAACCUACCACUACUAUUACAACUGUUUGGACUGGAUCUGGUACUACUACUAUUACUGAAAGUGGAUCAGAUACUGUAACAGUUGUUAUUGAAACUCCAAUUGAACCAACCACUACUUUCACUACUAGUUGGACUGGAUCAUAUACGACUACCAUUACUGAAAGUGGAUCAGAUACUAUUACUGUGGUUGUUGAAACCCCUGUUUAUCCAAGUGUUAUUAGUUCAUCAUUUAGUGGAUUUUUUAACAGUUCUAUUGUUUUCAGUACUAGUUUGGAAGCAACCUCUUACGUCGAACCUCCUACUACUACUAUUACGACUAGUUGGACUGGAUCUGAUACUACAACGAUUACUGAAAGUGGAAGUGAUGGAGUUACUGUUGUUGUUGAAACACCAGUUGAACCAACCACUACUAUUACCACUGUUUGGACUGGAUCGUACACUACUACUAUUACUGAAAGUGGUACUAAUGUUAUUACAGUUGUUGUUGAAACGCCACCAAGUGAGCCAACAACUACUAUUACAACUGCAUGGACCGGAUCAUUCACUACCACUAUUACUGAAAGUGGAAGUGAUGGAGUUACUGUUGUUGUUGAAACACCAGUUGAACCAACCACUACUAUUACAACGGUUUGGACUGGAUCGUACACUACUACUAUUACUGAAAGUGGAAGUGACGUUAUUACGGUUGUUGUUGAAACGCCACCAAGUGAGCCAACAACUACUAUUACAACUGCAUGGACCGGAUCAUUCACUACCACUAUUACUGAAAGUGGAAGUGAUGGAGUUACUGUUGUUGUUGAAACACCAGUUGAACCAACCACUACUAUUACAACGGUUUGGACUGGAUCGUACACUACGACUAUUACUGAAAGUGGUACUAAUGUUAUUACAGUUGUUGUUGAAACGCCACCAAGUGAGCCAACAACCACUAUUACUACUGCAUGGACCGGAUCAUUCACUACCACUAUUACUGAAAGUGGAAGUGAUGGAGUUACUGUUGUUGUUGAAACACCAGUUGAACCAACCACUAUUACAUCAACUGUUGGAACUGAGACAAAGACGGGAGUCGUUAUUGUUACCACUUCAGAAAGCGUUACACUUACAGUCACUUCUUGGUGCAGCAGUGAUGAUGUAACAUCAUACACCACAACAAUUGUUACAACGGAUACUGUGGGAGUUCCUUGCACCGAAACUGGAGUUGUGAUAAUCAGUACUGACACCGAAGGAGUAGUUUCUGAAACUACUUCGAUUAUUUCUGGAUUCGAAGAUUACACUUAUACUACGACUAUCAUUACUACGGAUACUGUUGGAGUUCCUUGUACUGAAACAGGAGUUGUUAUUGUCAGUACUAAUGCAGAAGGAGAAAUAUAUGAAACUACUUCAAUUGUUUCUGGUGGAGAAGAUCACACGUAUACUACGACUAUUAUUACUACAGACACAGUGGGUGUCCCAUGCACACAAACAGCUGCUGUUAUAGUUAGCAGUGUGAAUGGUGGAACUAGAACAAUAACAUCUAUUAUUGGCUCUUCAACUAUUGCCGCUGAGUUUACCACUUCAACUAUACCCCCAGCAGUGAUAGUGGUGCCUUCGGGAAGUACUUCAUCUAGUGCCACCAGCAUCCCACCAUAUGAUGCAUAUGAAGGUUCUGGUAGUAGCUUGAGUAUAAGUCCGUUGUUAUUAUCUAUUUCAUUUAUUGCCACAUUGUUUAUGGGCAUUGUAUUUAUUUGA